GCGGGAGACGAACUUAACAAGUGGACAGCACCGAGGCCGUACAAACUUGAAAUCAAGGGGCCCCUCUCAUAACAAUCUGUUGCAACCAUAUGCUCGAAAUACUUGCAAUUAUAUAUUCAGGGUAUAAAAAGACUCUCGUUCCCUGCUUUCCUAUAUCUCCAACGUCUCUUCGAUAUCAGAUAGUCGUAACUGCACUCGUUUCACUAGACUUCGACAGAUUCCAAAGUUUACGCCAUGAAGGGACUCGCUGUAUUUGUCACUCUCGCUGUUGCCUCUUCCACCUACGCAACGCGUACUUUCACUGUCACCAACAACUGCGCCUACACUAUCUGGCCAGCGAUUUACACCGACCUCAAUGUUGGUACUUCUGUACCCGACCAGGUCACCGGUUGGGAAGCAGCAGCUGGAAGUUCAGUGUCAUUCUCCGUCCCGGAUAAUUGGACAGCCGGUCGGAUUUGGGGCCGUACGGAUUGUGACUUCUCUACCAACCCUGGACCUACUUCCUGUGCCACUGGUGGAUGUAACGGUGGACUGGAAUGUGACUCGGCUACCGGAACCGGUGUUCCUCCCGCUUCCGUUGCUGAGUGGACUCUUGGAGGAUCUAACAGCGAAGACUGGUACGAUGUGUCUCUUGUCGACGGGUUCAAUAUUCCAAUGGCUAUCACUAACAAUGCUGGGUGCUCCACCGCGAGCUGCCCCACCAACCUCAAUACCAACUGCCCAUCUGAACUCGCCUUAACGUCGUCUGGGACCACAGUCGGUUGCAAGAGCGCAUGUUUUGCCAAUCUUGAUGGCAACCAAGCUGAUUCCGGCAACUGUUGCAGCGGCAGCCAUAGCACUGCAGCCACUUGCCCGAGCAGUGGUGUUGAAUACUACAGUUACUUCAAGGAUGGCUGCCCCGAUUCCUAUGUCUAUGCCUACGACGAGAGCAGCGGCACCGCAUUGUGGACGUGUGGAAGUACCCUUGCGGCCAACUACGUGCUCACCUUCUGUCCUUAAAGAAGAGGUAUGGGUAUGCCAGAACCUGCUGAUAUAUGAACGUUUCAAUCUUCUAAAUUUCCUUCGCUCGUUAUAUCUAUCUGCUGUUUUAUCCAUCAACGAAUAUACAUACCCAUCCUUAUUUCCCCAUAGCGAAUAGGACGAGGGUUUAGGACUUUGGAGGAAAAUAGUAAUAAAUCC